UUUAUAGGCUGUGAGUUUAAGGGAAGGGGCUUGGUCUCGUGCCCGCGCCCCCGCGAGAACGCGCAUCAAAAAUUAGCAUCGAUGAAGUUUGUGCGAACAUGGCGGAUUUCCUGCCGACCAGGUCCGUGCUCAAAGUUUGUCUGCCCGUCUGCCUGCUGAACAGCGGCGAGGUGGAGCAGCUCCGCAAGUCCAAGGAGAUCGACCGAUGUCUCAGCCGGGAGAAAACGUACGUGAAGCGACUGGUGAAGAUCCUGCUGCUCGGAGCCGGAGAGAGCGGCAAGUCCACUUUCCUCAAACAGAUGCGGAUCAUCCACGGCCAGGACUUCGACCAACGAGCCAGGGAGGACUUCAGAGCCACGAUCUACAGCAAUGUGAUCAAAGGUGUACGUGUGCUGGUGGACGCCCGGGAGAAGCUGCACAUCCCGUGGGGUGACCCGGACAACCAGAAGCACGGGGACAGCCUGAUGGCGUUCGACACCCGGUCGGCUAAGAUGGCCAGCGGGCUGCUGGAGACGUCCGUCUUCUUGCGGUACCUGUCUUCCAUCAAAGCUCUGUGGGACGACUCGGGGAUACAGAACGCGUAUGAUCGUCGUAGGGAGUUUCAGCUGGGUGAGUCAGUGAAGUAUUUCUUGGAUAAUCUGGAUAAGCUUGGCGAGCCGGAGUAUCUUCCCACUCAGCAGGACAUCCUGCUGGCUCGUAAACCCACCAAGGGCAUCCACGAGUACGACUUUGAGAUCAAGAACGUUCCCUUCAAGAUGGUGGACGUGGGAGGGCAGCGGUCAGAGCGGAGGCGCUGGUUCGAGUGCUUCGACUCGGUCACCUCCAUCCUCUUCCUCGUCUCCUCCUCCGAAUACGACCAGGUGCUGAUGGAGGACAGGCUGACCAACCGGCUGCGUGAAUCGCUGGACAUCUUCGAGACCAUCGUCAACAACCGCGUCUUCGUCAACGUUUCGAUCAUCCUCUUCCUCAACAAGACGGACCUGCUGGAGGAGAAGGUGAAGAGCGUUCCGCUCAAGGACUACUUUCCCGAGUACACCGGGCAGGAGCACAACCUGCCGGACGUCCAGGCGUUCAUGGUGGAGUGUUUCCGCGCCAAGCGACGCGACGCCACCCAGAAGCCCCUGUACCACCACUUCACCACGGCCAUCAACACGGAGAACAUCAGGCUGGUGUUCCGGGACGUCAAGGACACCAUCCUCCACGACAACCUCAAACAGCUCAUGCUCCAAUGACCCCUGUCAACCUGUGAAAGUAGAGGACCUGAAUGGGGACAAACCACCCCCUCGCUCCUGACGAGGACUUGGGAGAAACCAGCCUCAGAAGAAUCCGAUAGACGUUCUUCUUCAGCCGUUUUUAUAUUAGUUUUUACCCUCCUCUUUGAAGAGUUGACCUUCUUGUUAGUUCAGGGUUUGGUAGGGGGACGAGUCAGUAGGGCAGACUGUCUGUGGUUAGAAAGAACGACGAGUUUGGCGGUUUAGAUGUUGGAUAACAUCUUCACCUUGAGACUCUCCUCUGGCCGGAGCGCUGCCUGACAGCACAAGACUCGCUGCGGCUUUUCGACUCAACAAGGUGCCAGCGCCUGGCUGUGGAAACCAGCAGAACUUUUUACAAACCAGGCACAUGGUCUCUCUAAACCAGAUACACAACUUACCAAGCAACAAAAACAGGAAUGUUUCAACAACAUGUAAGCAAAAGAGUCAAAAUGCACCUAGAUCAGCUGUGCCAGCAUUGAUUUAACAGUCUGUGUCCAAGCACUGAAUUCAUCAUGUCCAGAAUCACUCCAUUAUUUCAGUGCUGCUUUGUGAACGUGGUUUCUAAGCCCCUGUAGUUUGUAGAAGGGUUUGCCAACUUGCUGAUGAUCUGGAGGCUGCACAAUUGUCCUUUUUUUUUUCUCAUAUUGCAGCACCAUCAUCAAUUUUUCUUGGCCUCGAGAUCAGCAGGUUGAAAGUGGCGGCACAGAGCCAUUUUUUUGCCGGGACAAGGACCAGUUCAUUGAUGGCGAAAGCGCUCCGAACAGUUCCAUAUUUGAUGUUGGUUUAAUGGCUCCAGCACUGGCACCUUGUCUGUGGGGAGAAAAAAAUUGCUAGAAAAGGGCACAACCGCGAGACUGAACCUACAAAGCCUUUCCUUAUAUAAUGUCUUAUGUUGACCUAAUCACUGUUUGAAUCCUGCAUUUGUGCCUCUAUAGAAUUAAAGCCAAUGUUAGCUGCCUUCAACAAGUUCCCAAUGCAAGUUGUCCUCUUUUGUUUUCGGUUGUUUUUAGAGGGCAAAAAUUACCUUAAAUGGCACAUUUAGGCAGGUGUGCCGGCAAGUGAACAUGCAGUCCACUGUUUUCUCAGGGUUGAAUCAAAACCAGCGGUAAUGCUGAUGUUGUUGUUGGUGAACUAACUGAAUAAUUUAAUCUAAAUCUGGGUGGCAGAGCGGUGAGACUGGGGCUACAUCCACACUAAUAAGUUUUCAUUUUGAAACGCGUAAAUUAUGAGUUGCGUUCAAACGAUCCAGCGUUUUCGGAGACGUUUGAAAGCGCUGCUGAGCCCGUUUUAGUUUUAAAACUCCGGGGUUGUAUCAGUCAUGACUUGUCCUUUCCUAAUUCGUCACACUCCUCAUCACGUGAACCUUUUCUGGAAGAAAACAAAUCAGCCUCGACCGCCAGCGGUUAAUUUCAACAUGGAUAACGAGUUACAAGCGUUGCUGACCUUGUUGUCUUCGGUAGCAGCUGUUUUGCAGUUAAAUCCUGCAUUUUAUAAUGCUACUCCUGGAGGAGGGAAGCUAUUAUUCAAGCGCUUUAGCAUCAAAUCACGUGUCCGGUGCUGCUUCCUGUUUACACCCACACAGUGUACGUGAAUGGUCAUGUGAUAAGCAUUUUUAGGCGUGAUAGUAUGGACUGAAACAACCCUAAAAAACGCUCGUCUGGAUGGAGAAAAAACAAAAACGUAUUAGUGUGGAUGUAGCCUCAGCCAGGCCUCAGUACAGUUAGCUGGGUGGUGUUUGGUACUGUAUCCUCCUGGCUUUGACCCCUGAACGUUUACCCAGAAUCCCCCUCUCUCUCUCUCUCUUUGUUUUCAUCUCUGAUUAGAUGCCUUGUAAAGGGACAGACCUCCGCUGUUUGCCUGAAUGAUGAAUGUUUGUUAAUGGAUGUACAGAGAUGUGUUCUAGAUUGUCUGAAAAUACUGUAACCAACAUUGUAAUAGUAACUUAGCCGAGUUGUGACUCCGGGCGUCUCUGUUUAUGUUUUACACGCCAUAUUGUCCUGUUUAGGAGUUCCCUUUUUAAAAGAAAUAUUUUGGAUUUGUCGGGGAAAAUAUGUAGACGAAAAAAGCCACUAGAGUUGAAUACUUUUGUAAGCAGCGACUGUAUUCUGUAGAGGGGGGGGCAAUCUUUGUUAGAGGACGACUUCCAGGCACUGUUUAAAUCUGUGUUUCUCUGCCAAAUCACCCCGAUGCCUUCUCGGAAAACUGUUCACAUCGACACACUCUCUAGUUUUUCUCCCAAAAUAAAAGCUCCCGUGAGCUCCACUUUGCUUCCAGUUCUUGUACAUACUGUAAUCUGUUGCCAUGUAAAUAAUAUUCAGGUUUAUCUCCGUAUAUGUAAAUGGUUGUAGAAAUGGAGUAUUUUUUUUUCUUCCAUUCUGAAUGUGUUUUCAAAAUCACUGCUUUUUCCAAUGAAGAUUACCUUUUUGUUUUUUCUGAUUUACAUGUAUUUUUGUGUAAUUGUGUUUUCCAUCACCUUCUUGAAAUUCAUUCCUGUGCCAAGUCUCAUGCCACUCUAACCCCUAUCAAUAAAAUACACUUUUCUAAUGAAA